AGAAUCUGCCCUCCCUCCCAACUCCUUGUUCCUGUACCUGCGCCUAUUCCGUUCUCCUAGCCUAACAACUCGGAGUCAGCCUCCUACUAUCCAUUGAAUUGCCUCCCCUUCUGGGUCGCUUCUUCAUCCAACCAAUGCCCACUCCCUCCCAAAUUCAUCCAAUCCUUCCCGACAAAGCCAGGCGAGACACCCUCCCAAGACUCCAAGCUUAGACACAACCCUUCCCACCCGUGUCCACUCGCACCAAGCUCGAUCCUCCCCCCGGCCUGCGACUACGAAGACAACCCUGCCCAGCCCGUAUUUCCUCUUCGAAACUUGCAUCUCUUCCUGUUCCAGCCCCGUCACCACUCUGAGGCACGCACUCGCUUCUGCCAUCCACCGACCGACCAACUCGAUCAAAUCUCCCUCACAUUCGCUAUUCCGUCUUGUCCUUGUUCUCUUCACUUGCACACAGACUUCACGCUCCUCGUGAACGACAACGACAACACGCCCUUUGUUCAGCAUCGACCCUAGACACCAUCGUUUGGAGCAAAAUCUCCUGUUUCCAGCAUUUGCCGCUCGCUGCCAAAACCCGGUUUUCCCACUCAUCCCGCCAACCUCCUCAACCUCCUGUCCAAAAUCAAUGACACAAUCGAUCAACACCUGAGAAUAACGUCCAUUUCACUUUCCUACGAAUCUACUCGGUUCAAGAUAGACUUCCAACGUUAAUCGAUCCUCAGUACACAAAGACAUCGCUAUCGCCCUGGUUGGCGCAGAAUUCCUUGUUGCUCGGCGGCCCCUGGAUAAACACCACGCGUCGCUAGAAGCAAAGCAACACAUCCUUUCAAGAUGCGGCCGCAGACAUCCUUUCGUUUAUUCCUCUCCUUACUCGCCGCCCUCUCAUUCUCGAACCUCACCUUCGCCGAAAGAAUAAUAGAGUCCAACUCUCUCAAUUCAUGUAAGGCCGGUUCGAAUUUCACAGCAACUCUUUUCAAUGUCGCCUACACUCCUGGCAACGCCAGCGUUGCAAUCAAGAUCAAUGGUGUAUCGUCCAUCUCAGGCAAAGUGACGGCUUUGUUGCAGAUCAAAGCAUAUGGCUUUAACAUCGUCAACGACACCAUUGAUCCAUGCAAAGAAAACCUCUCUGGAUUUUGCCCCCUGCAGACCGGUCAGAAAAUCGACAUUGAAACCAACAUCGAUGUCCCAGCCGAUGUUUCGAAACAGGUUCCGGGCAUUGCCUACACCGUUCCUGACCUUGAUGGUGUCGUACGUGUCUAUGUAUACUCUCAAGAUACCAAUGAAGUCAUCGCAUGCAUGGAAGCCGAUCUCUCAAACAGAAAGACGGUCUACCAGCCAGCUGUUGGUUGGGCUACGGCUGUGAUCGCGGGUCUCGGUCUCGUCGCUGCUGGUGUGACCUCUGGACUGGGAAAUCCAAACACCGCCGCGCACGUUGCCGCUAACGCCGUCUCCUUGUUUGGCUUCUUCCAAGCUCAAGCUAUCAUUGGCAUGAGCUCCGUGACCAUGCCGCCCAUUGUCCAGUCCUGGACCCAAAACUUCCAAUGGAGUAUGGGUAUCAUUCGUGUGGGCUUCCUUCAGAACAUCGCCACCUGGUAUCAGAGAGCUACAGGCGGUACCCCCACGACCUACCUCUCCACCCUCAGCACAAUCUCCGUUGAAGUUCAGAAGCGUGCUCUCAAGCGCUCCCUCCAGUCCAUGACCGCAGCCAUCGCGUAUGCCUCUCGGGGUGCUCGCUAUCUGGCCAAGCGAGCAGACGGCAAAGAUGGUGCUGCUGUUGCAGACACCGUCGUCGUCCGUGGUAUCGAUAGAGUCGGAUUCCGCGCGGGAAUCGAGCAGACCAACAUCUUCAUGACUGGUCUAAUCUUUUUCGUCUUUAUCCUCUUCAUGACUGCUUUACUAGUUUCCUUGACCAAGGCCAUCCUGGAUGGUUGCGCCAAGGCUGGUUGGAUGAAGUCUGACAAAUUCCUCGAGUUCCGCAACGGCUGGAAGAUUGUCAUCAAGGGUAUCUUGUUCCGUUUGGUCUUGCUUGGUUUUGUCCAAAUGUCCAUUCUCUGUCUUUGGGAAUUGGUCGAACGUGACUCGGCUGCCGAAGUUAUCCUCGCUCUCAUUGUGUUUCUCUCCAUGGGCGCCGCUUUGGGAUGGGCCUCUUUCAAGGUCAUCCAGCUUGCGAAGAAAUCAGUCACCAUGCACAAGAACCCCGCCUACAUCCUCUACUCCGACCCUCAAGCUCUCAACAAAUGGGGUUUCCUUUACGUCCAAUACCGUGCCACAGCUUACUACUUUGUCGUCGUUAUGCUGGGUUACAUCCUGCUCAAGGCUGUUUUCAUCGCCUUUGCACAAAAGUCACCGGUGACUCAAGCUAUUGGACUCCUCAUUGUCGAAGUCGUUUUUGUCAUCGGUGUAGGUGUGGUCCGCCCAUGGAUGGACAAGAAGACCAACAUCUUCAACAUCACCAUCGCCUCUGUUAACGCUCUCAACGCGGUUUUCCUUCUCGUGUUCUCGAAUGCAUUUGGUCAGCCGGCGAUGGUGUCCGGCAUUAUGGGCGUUAUUUUCGCCUUCUACAAUGUCGUUUUCGCCGCCGUCCUGCUUGUACUAGUGCUGAUCUCAUCAAUUUACGCCAUCGCUUCCAAGAACCCUGAGGUUAGGUACCAGCCAAUGAGGGACGACAGAGGUAGCUUCAUCAAGUCUCAAGCUGCUUUGACCACAGAGCUCGAUGCUCUGGGCGCCACUGCCAGAGGUGAAAAUGAGCCAAAGACGGGGUAUAAGAGCUACGACGAUGACGCAUCAUUCUCCAGCGAAUCCUUGAAACAUCAACCUGAUGUCACGCAACGACCAAUGUCGCAGAGCCGGAACGCGUAUGGUCAGCAAGAGACACCAAUGUACCCCAGUGAAAACAAUGGCCGACGAGGACCACCACAGUCAUACGAGCAGCGGCAGAUGUACAACCAAGGCUAUGGUCAGAGCGGCGAUUAUGGCUACCCCAGCAGACCGACAACGGCACCAAACCAACAAUACAACGACAGUAUGAGCAACGUCAGCAGUGGGUACGCACCACCGAGAUCUGCAGGGGGAUAUGCUCCACAGCAAGCGUUCCGAACACAAAACAAUGCCAGUCCGUGGCAGCGAGGCGCAGGCUACGAUUGACAACACUCGGGCCAAGAUGAUCAAACCGCGGGUGGCUUCCCACGCCCACCUAACCAGGACCAUCAAGCACGAAUGGAGAUGAGCGAGAAAUCCCUCAGCGGGUAUUGGGAUCGAGAUUGGUGGACACAUGAGUAUGCCAAAGAGGCUGAUCGAACUGCCAGUCCAUACCACCGACCCUAGCUUUCUUCUUUCGCAUAUUUUUUUCUCUCUGAAAAUGUCCUGGCGUCGAGUGGCGAUGUGUGUUGGAGGCAUGGAUUUUCAGUCUUAGAGGAACAUGGAAGAAACCACGGACACGGCAGACAAAAGGACAAAGAAGGAGAAAAGAAAAAAAAAGAAUGGCAACCUUUAUGUGAUGAGACAUGAACCCAGAAUCAGAAAUCGAAUUGUUUCUUGUUUUGUAUAUUUUACUCCUUUUUUUUACCUCCCUUUUUGGCCCUCGGCAUCUCUUGCGCUUGUGUGUGUGUGCCUCGGUCGGCUCGGUGUCAUUGUCACUGGGCUGACACGGGACGGGCAUUGUCAAGGGUGCACACAAAUCAUCAGGUCCACAAAUACCUACUUCCUGCUUGGUGAAGAGGAUCCCCAGGGCCGUGAAUUGGGGUCGGGUGAGGGAGGUGUGGUGAUGGGGGAGUUGGUGUAUUCAUUCCCCCUUUGAUACAGCAGUACCUGGUAACAAACAACAAACGAGACGAGAUUCCCUGUGGAAGUGCAAGGGAAAAGGGGGGGGGAAUGGGAUUGUAUUGCGAGGUUUAUUAGACAAGACAAGUUGGCAAAACAGCAUUUACAGAGUACGAAAAACACAAGUCCAGGUGUUGUUCUCCACGAGACGAGUGCCCGUUUUGCCAC